AUGACCGGUUCGUCUGGCUCCGCAGAGGCGGGUCCGUCCCGCACCGCGUCGAUGGCACCUCCGGUUGCGCCCCCGCACGCGACCGGCGCACUCGAGGAAAACGGACGGAAAUCUCCCGGUAUGGCGACUGCCGAACGGCAAGAAGACCACCUUGCUCGCCCACCUACCGCGGACGCGCAAAGCUUCGGGCUGCCCUCGGCGUCCACCUCUCACGUCAUGGACGACAGGAGCGCGGGGAAACGGCCAUCGACCGUUCGAUCGCCAUCGCCACAACCAGAUCAACGGCAUGCGGGCUUCGGCGCCCAGCAUCGGGACCGGCGUGCUUCUUCCUCCAAGGAAAAGCUGCCCAGCGCGCUUGACCGCAGGCGCGCUCGCGACAUGGCGUCGGCCUUGCUCAGGCUGACGCGAUGCGCAGAGUGCGAGGGGCCGCUCAACGACCCUAUCACACUGCCGUGUGGCCACACGGCUUGCCUGCAGUGCAUCCGCAACAGGUGCCAGCCUGGAUUCUCGUCGACGCGAGGCAACGAUGAAGAGCCCACGCUGCCCUGCGCCACCCACAUCCCGCCGCGGCUGCCCCUGUCGCCGAUGACGGUGUCUUGCCCGGUUAACGGAUGUCCUCGCAGCGCCAUCGGCAGGGGGAUGGGCAAGUGGUCGGGGCAUCGGCCUCGGUACGGCCUGGUCCCUGCCUACCAAGAAAGGCUGCCCACCGACAGCGAGGACGUGGGACCGGGCUCCCCUCCCCUCGACGGCUUUGUCAUUGGUGUGGCCGACCACCCUCACCGCCUCACCGUUGUCGGACCGCAGUGCCGCACCAAGUCGCACCUCUUUGCCGUCCCCCCGGUCGGUGUCGAGACCACUGCAUCUGGUAGCAGCGCCGCCUCGACCUCGGCAUCGCUGUUGCCGUCCCUGUCGACGUCAAACCUGCUGCGGACCGACGUCAGCCUCUCCAAGGCAAUCGCAAUCCUCAAACGCUACGUGGCGGCGCCAGUUCCUCGCGCCAGUCGCUCGCGGCGAUCCCCGCCGCGCUCGCCGUUGAGGCCACGGGCGGGCCGCGCCGGACGUCGACGCUACGGAUCGGGCCUUGGCCGAGGCGUCGUCUUCGAGCGCAGGGCGCUCGCAGCGGCCAGGGGCCGGGGUCUGACGAUACCGGGCCCGUCCGGCUCCGGAUCGAGGGGCACGACGGGCCUCUUGCCAGCCGGCAGAGCUUUCCAGCGAAGGUCAAACGACCAGGGCCGCGGUGGCGCCAUGCGGCGGACGCAGCUCCUGCGGUCAGCCAUGAGCGUCUUGGGCACUAAUGAGUCGGAGCUAGAGAGCGGCACCGUCGGCGGGGUGCGCGCCGUGCCAGAGUCAGAGGAGGACGAGGCGGACGAGGAGGCGGACGAUCUCUACGGCGACGACGGGGGCGCUUACGACGACGACGAGCUCUCCGACUACGACUCCGCCUACGACGACGAUGGAGACGGAGACGAGUUCGAGGACGAGGACGACGACGGCGGCUACCACGCACGCUUCCGAUCCGGCCUCGAGGACGAGGGCGAAGAGGACCCGGGCAUGUUGUGGCCUGACGGCGUUGGUGGCGCCUAUGCUCGGCCGUUGGCCUCGGGCGGCAGCCUUUCUGCUCGCGCGCACCGCAAGCGUCGCCGUGCGCGCACCAGCCUCCGUGCGGGCGAUCAUCGGGGCUCUCCCGAGAGCCAGCUCGAUGCGCUGCGCCACGGACCCGUACGCCGCCUCUUCGACGACGCCGAUGGUCCGCGGGGCGACUCGGGCUGGAGCACCGAGGAAUCAGCCCUCACUGACGCCAUCACUGGCAAAUUCGCCGAUCAGGCUACGGCGUCGGCUUCGCGCGCCGACAGCCGGCCAACGAGCCCCGGUCCCGAAUCUCACCGUGGCCAAGGCCGCGAGCUGGCCGACAAGCAGCGCAGCCUGGCGCUGUCGACCAAGACCGGUCCCAACGGCGAGCCGCUUGUCCAGACGGUGGCCACGCUGCACGCCGAGCUGCUCGAGGUGCUCGAGUGCCAGCUGUGCUACCUGCUCCUCUACCAGCCGCUCACCACGCCCUGCGGCCACACCUUCUGCCGCUCGUGCUUCGCUCGCAGCCUCGACCAUGGCAACCGCUGCCCGCUCUGCCGGGCCGAUAUGCCCAACGUGGCUUUCUUCUCGGAGCACCCGUGCAACUUUGCGCUGCUCAAGAUGCUCACGGCCGAUACGGCGACGCUGACCGACUCUGAGGAUUCGGCCGCGGAUGCUACAUCACCAUUUGACGAGGACGACAAGCGCCUCGAGCUGCACGCGCCGACCUCGUCGUCGUCGGCGGCGGCCAAGUUUGGCGGGCUCGCCGCUCCUGCGACGACGGCCCCGCUGCGGGCGCCAUCGUCGCCGCUGUCCGAGGGCGAGAACAACCCGCACCACCUCGGCUUCAAGCAGCUCUACGAAAACCGCAAGUCGGCCAUCGAGCAAGAGGAGCGUGAGGCGCGGCUCUCGACGCCGCUCUUUAUCUGCACGCUGGCGUUCCCGCAGAUGCCGACGAUCCUGCACAUUUUCGAGCCGCGGUAUCGGUUGAUGAUCCGGCGGUGCCUCGAGAGCGGCAACCCCCGUUUCGGUAUGGUGCUGCCUUCGCGCGAUAACGGCGGAUUGGGCGAGUACGGCACCAUGCUUGAGAUCAAGUCGGUGCAGAUGCUCACCGACGGCCGCAGCAUGCUCGAGACGGUGGGGUCGUACCGGUUCAAGGUGCUCGAGAAGGGCACGCUCGACGGCUACACUGUCGGGCGGAUCGAGCGCGUCGAAGACAUUCCGCUCGAGGAAGAGGCCGAGCUGGAACGCCAGGCCAUGGUGCGUCGACGCGCACUCGAGCAUUGCGCGGAUGCCAACCGGACGUCCAGGCCUCCCUCGCGAGGGGCCACGGAGGCACAGGCCACGGCUCCCUCGGCCGGCGCCUCGGUCGAGGAGCAGCCGCUGGCGCAGAGUCCUGCUGCCGGUUCGCAGCGGCCGCCGUCGUCGCAAGGCCGGGACGGCGCCGGAGAUGGCGAGGAUGCCUCGAUGUCGCUCUUCCGGCGUGAGGGCAGCGAGGCGGUGCAGGCGACGACCGAGACGGCGGCGAUGCAUCGCGCGCCCUCUUCCGCCGGCGGACGUCGCGAAGGGUCCGAGUACGGCUUCACCGACGACUCUUCGGAUGGCGGGAUGCCGCCCUUCCUGCCGAUCCCUCAGGAGCCGACGACGGCGGAGCUGGUGGAAAUCUGCCGGUCGUUUAUCGCAACGCUGCGAUCCGGGUCGGCGCCGUGGCUGCUGACGCGGCUGCACAACGCGUACGGGCCGAUGCCCGAGGCGCACGAGGUGGAGCGGCUUGGCUACUGGAUGGCGCUGGUGAUGCCCAUCGACGAGCACGAAAAGGCCAAGUUGCUGCCCAUUACCAGCCGCCGUCUGCGGCUCUGCAUGGUGGUCGACUGGAUCGAGCAGCUGCGCCAGUCGUGGUGGUUCAGCAACGGCUGCACCGUCUCGUGA